AUGCCCUGUGAGUCGAUGGGGCGCCGCGGCGUUGCAGAGGGCUCUGUCAGCUCCUCUCAGUGGCGAAGAAACCCCCUUCACUCACAGCACAGCACUUCGAGGGAUCGUGGAACGAAUGCAUGGUCUCAAGAGUUGUUCCAAGAGGCUGAGGAGGAAGGCGAUGCCGCCUUUUUACGCCUUCGGGCUCCGUUGUUUUGGCACUCAGCGCGCCCGCACGUUUUUUCGGAGGAAGAGCGGCGGCGCAUGGAUAAAUAUGAGAGUAUUGAUUACAGCGAGGCCCAAUCCUUAUCGUACAAGGCUCGAAUGUUGAAUCGAAAGAAGGAGCAUCGCUGGCUGAAGUGGAUGAUGUUUAUCGCGGUGGGGGUCUGUGUUGGGUUGUGGUCUGUGCUCAUCCUUCAAACGCUUGAAUUAAUGUCGACGCAGAAACUAAGCCUGCUGGAGCGCUAUAUCAUUGUUCGUGUAGACAAAAGUGCAUCGAACAAUGAAACUGACUUCUUUGGACUGACGCCUGGCGGGGUACGUUGGUGUGACGUAGGUCGAGGAUAUCUGAUUUACUUUCUUUGGAGCGGUUUUGCCGCUUUGCUUUCCUCGCUUUGUUGCGUUAUUGUGCCAAGCGCGGCUGGCAGCGGUGUACCGGAUGUGAUGGCUUACCUGAAUGGUAUUAUGUUCCCUCGUAUAUUUAACAUACGAAACCUCGUCGUUAAGUCUCUCUCCUGCAUUCUUGCCGUUGGUUCUGGACUUCCGGUGGGAGUGGAGGGGCCAAUCAUACACAUGGGCUCUCUUAUUGGUGCGGGACUUCCUACGGGGCGCAGCCGGACUCUGCGAUGUAGCGCAGACUCAUUGCUCUCAACCUUUCAAAAUCCACGCGAUAUGCGAGAUUUCAUCUCCGCAGGGGCGGCAUGUGGCAUGACAUCCGCCUUUUCUGCUCCCAUUGGCGGAAUGCUCUUUGUGAUGGAAGAAAUGGCCACGUUUUUUCCUGUACAACUUGCAUGCCUCGUGUUUGUCUCCUGUCUGUCAUGCAUGUGUGUGAUUCAGAUUAUAAACACCUAUCUGGUCGGCUGGCAGGUUCCGGCAAGCCUGCCAGUAAGCAUGGGAGCUGGCGAAUUCCGCCCCUAUGCUAUUUCCAUGUUUAUUGUGGGCGUUGUAAAGGGAAAUCAUGUGCCGAUGAACCUAUUGACAUUUAUUCCUACUAUUGUGGGAGCCAUUGCUCUUGGCCUACUAGCUGUGUCUUAUACAGUGUCGAGUGUGAUGUUCACCCGAUGGCGUUCAAAACGACUGUUUCCAAGUGUUCUGCUGCGUGUGUUGGAGCCCUGCGCGUGCGCCCUUGUGUAUGCAACGGCGUGCUAUAUGCUUCCACUGGCCUUUGACUGUGUUGAGGUGCCGGAGUACGUGAAAAUGCACAAGGAAGAGCUUGGUAUUGAGCUCUUCACAGCCUUUUGCGCUGACCGCGAGAACAUGUUCAGCCCUUUCGGGACCCUUGCCUUAACAAGUCCUUACAAUGGCAUUCGACUCUUGUUUUCCCGUCAUACGGCGGCGGUGACACCAUGGUAUGCAUGUUUGCUGCACUUGCUGCUCUACACACUCGGCUCUAGCUACGCGGGUGGCAUGUUCAUUUCGUGUGGUACAGUUAUUCCCUCGCUCUUUAUAGGCGCCAUGGGAGGGCGACUCAUUGGAGUUCUUUUCAACAAGAGUGUGUGGGCGGACCCGGGUGUGAUGGCGCUGAUAGGCUCUGCCUCCUACUUUUCGGGUAUUUCGCGCCUCUCCUUUUCUCUCAUUGUUAUUAUGAUGGAGUUGACUUCCGACCUGACGCACAUCACUUGCCUCAUGGUUGGUGUGAUUUUAGCGAGAGCCGUGGCGAACCGCUUUUGCCACUCCCUGUACCACUCGCUGUUGGAGGUGAAGGCGGCCCCGUUUCUUGAGGUUCAGGCGAGCGUCCACAAGCUGGACAUGUUCUGCGCAAAGGACAUCAUGAGCUCCCCUGCCGUGACGCUUGCGACGGUGGAAACGGUGGCUCACCUUGUAGAGACACUACGGUCCACCCCACAUAACAGCUUUCCUGUGGUGCUGACGGGAACAGGCACGUACAACGGUGUUAUUUCUCGCUCACAGUUGGAGCUACUAUUGUGGUUUAUUUACUUCCGCGACGUGGAGCGGGAAAAGGGUAGUGAGGCACAGGACUCGUUGAAGAGUUCUACUUUAGGCGACUGUGUUGCCGAGAGCAGCGGAGGCCGCGAGCAUGAGGGAACAUUGAUGGUAUCUGAUGCGGACAGGUGUGACACAGAUGGGUGCGGCGCCGCCGCAUCCAAUAGCCCCGACAGUAAUGGGGCGAAGGCGGCAACGCGGUGGCUGGAGCUGCAACCGCAUGCGACCUACAUGGACUUGAGGGAAGUGAGCGAGCGCAUCUUCUGGCGACGUCUGCCGUCUUUACCACCGGUGGAGCUCCUGCCGGCGGCUACGAGGCAGUGUUACGUGGAUCUCUCCCCAUACGUGGAUCUUAGCGCGUACUACGUACGGGAUCUGAUGUGCAUCUCGCGGACGUACUACAUCUUUCGUCACUUGGGACUGCGGCAGCUGCCGGUGGUGGACCGCAAUCACCACGUGAUUGGCGUUAUCUCGCGCAAAAACUUUGUUAGUGAUCGCCUGCAUGAGCGGCUUCAUGAGGCGGAGGAGAUUGCAAGGCAGUCUGCGUAUGACAGGGCACAGCAUCUGUACAGUAAAUGCCAGUAG